AUGCUAUAUCUGCAGUGCGAUGUCGCGAGGUUAGCAGAACUUCUUCCUCCCCCAGCCCUCAGGCUUUUAUGACUGCAGAAUUGACAGCAUUUUCGGUGCUGUCUGGUGUUUCGAUCUUUUUACUCCUCGCAUCCCUUCCUGGUCAUCUAGCGGCUAAAAAUCAUGCUGUUCUUCCAUUCGCUUGCUGGUCACUUGUUGGCUGUUGUGUUUACUUCAUAAACUCUCUCCUUUGGCAGAAAAAUGCCCGUAACUUUGCACCGGUUUGGUGCGAUAUAUCUUCUAAACUUCUUGUGAGUUUGGAGACAGGUCUUUCUUCCUCGACGCUGUGCAUCAGCCAUCAACUAUUCGACAUUAUGACCAAACCAUCACUCUUCCAGGGUGCCCGUGAGUUUCGUGGGGGAAUCACUUAUUGUGUUGGUUUGGGCAUUUGCGCCCCCUGCAUGGUUAUGGUCAUUCACUUUGCCAUCCAAGGGCAUAGGUUCGACAUACUGGAGGGCAUUGGAUGUGAACCGUCGGCGCCAGCUAAUCGGCUGAUGACAUCUCUACUUAUCAUCUGGCCCCCGGUAACAGGGAUAGUCUCAAUCGUCUACACUGUGCUAUCUGCCAAAGCGUUCUUCAUACGAAGGCGCAUAAUUCCAUCGCAUCAGAUCUUGCGUCUCCCAGCUGGAAACAGCGCUCGUUUCGUUCGGCUUGUAUCUUUCGUAAUUAUUCAGACUUUAAUUCUCAUCAUUUCGACUCUAUCACUCGUAUACGCCAACUUCAAACACCGUUGGGACACUUCAAUGUCUCAGUCGGAGCUUUCUACCGUGCGGGCUUUCCUGAGCAGAGGAUCUUGGGUCUGAUGGCUGAUUCUCUAGGUGGUACUAGUUCCCCGCGAUUUGCUUAAACAAUAUCCAUCGGUCUGGCU